CCAUGGCGGACAUGCAUGAUGCGUGCAUGCGUGUCUCAAAACCCCCGGGCGUUCCUCAGCUCCUCUCGAUCCAGCCUGCCGCAACUACCACUGCUGCCACCACCUAUCCCACGUCCCGGUCGGAAACUGCAGGUUUGGUGUGUUUUUGUUUCCUUUCUCAAUUCACCCCAAAUGCUGUGUCCUUGCGCAGAUGCAAAUUGAAUAGCGUGAACGUCAUCCGAUUGCUCCUCUGCCUCCUCCUCGUCCUUCUCCUCCUCAGUCUCCAUGCCAUUGAUCGAGCAAAGGUCGCCGGGCCAGGAUUCGGUGUAUCCAGCCGUCGUGGAAUCGACAACCGCGCAGAGCCAGUGGAUAAGUGACACGAGCACCACUGAGCAGGAAUGGGCUACAUCAACCCCAGAGCAAGAGUGGUCGACCUCGACUCCUGAGGGGUGGGCGACGAGUUACACGACCCAGACCGGAUGGAUCACGAGUUAUACCACGACGACGGAUUGCGACUGUGAUUGGGAGUACUCCACCACUUCCUCGUCGUGGUGCCCGACGCCCAUCAUCGUCACGCCCACCACGACGAGCCUGGUCCCCUUUCAGACCACCUCGCCCGCCGGCGUCAUUGUCGUCGACCACCACAAUCACGGCCUGGCCCCCGGCGUCGUGGGCGGCAUUGUACUCGGUGUCUUCUUCGGCGUCCUCCUACUCGUGCUCCUGUGUAUCUGCUGCUUCCGCAACUAUUACCGCGGCCGACGGUACUAUGCCGGCUCCUCCUCCUCCUCGUCCUCCAGCCACUCGCGUCACCGCAAACCACCCGUGGUCGUCAUGGACCCUUACCCCAACAGACGCGAUGCGAAUCUCACCUUCGUCGGUGGAGGAAAUUACCCAGGAACCAGGGUCAUGGUCACAAAGUCGCAGAAGAUCUUCAUCAGACCCCCACCUGUCAGGCAGGUCAGGACAGUGAGGGAGACGAGGAGGUCUCACAAGGUCGUGGUCGUGGAGGACGAUGAUUGAGGCAACAGACGGACGGACAGACUGGGCCUGUACAUACAUUUCUUUUGUCAGCAGUAGAAGCAGGUGAUCGAUGUACACGAUGCUAUAUGACUCCGCAAUGAGGGACGGGAGGGGGUUCAUCUUUGGCAUUGAUGAGCGCAAUGACGGUAUACACAUACGGGAGGACUCAUUUGAUACGAUUUUCGUUCUGUUUACAUUUAUCGAGGCCCGUGGAACGAAUGGAACGGGCUCCAAGCAAGAAGGAUGGACAUUUGAAACUUCAUACAUGAUUUCAGUCAGACGAAUGGCAUAGUAAAUACAAUCUCGUGGCCAGAGA